AUGGCUACCCCACAAUUCCUCUCCCAAUCCAAAUACUCAGACAGCCUAACAGUUGUUGGAAUCUCAAUCUGCACAGCAAUUAUCUGCGAAACAAUUUCCUGGAUCCUUAUUUAUCGAACAACCUCUUACAAAUCUCUCAAAUCCUCAAUCGACAAAGCUUCUAAAAAGCUCGAAACCAUGAAAACGGAUACCGCUAAAAUGACCACCAAGAAAUCCAAAACCAAGAAAAUCGACCGUGUCGAAACUUCCUUAAAAGAAUCAAGCCGUGACUUGUCUCUUUUCAAAUUCAAAUCUGGGGCUGUUGUUGCUUUGGUUUUAAUUGUUGUUUUUGGGCUUUUGAAUUCGCUUUUCGAAGGCAAAACUGUCGCUAAAUUGCCCUUUAAACCUAUCACUUUAGUUACGAAGAUGAGCCAUAGAGGGUUACCAGGGACUGAUUUUACGGAUUGUUCGAUGGCGUUCUUGUAUUUCUUGUGUUCGAUUAGUAUUCGUACGAAUUUGCAGAAGUUUCUUGGGUUUUCCCCUCCUCGUGGUUCUGCUCCUGGUGCUGGUUUUCUCCCCAUUCCCGAUUCCAAGACGAAUUGA